AUGACUUGGCGGGCCUUGGGCUUGGUUUUUUCCUUGAGUGCAGUCGCUGUUGCGCUUUGCGAUUUGCAGAUCACGGGACAUGUGCUUCAUGCCGUGCUGAACGUCGACGAAUCUUUGGACGAGAACGGGUUGCCCGUCCCGAAGGAGCCGCAAGGCCAGGUCAAAAUGCUGGUGCAAACGAACAUGGAGUUGAGCCGCAAACUGAACCUAAUGCGUCGAGAUUAUUUGAGAGAGCUGACUUGCCACAGAGACAAGCAGCGCAGCAUCAGCGAUGAAGCGCAGGAGGUUCUCCAAGACCUCCAGGAGCAUCCUGUGAUGUUCUUCGAGCCAUUGAAGUUUGUUCUCGAUGAUGUGACAAAAGAGUUCAUCAAGCUUGUGGUGGAAGAGCGGGUCCGUUUCCUCAGCAGCUGCAAACUUUCUCUCACGAAGGCCUUGCCCCCGAAGUCCGCAGAGGGCUUGGCAUUCGGCAUUCUCCCAAUCCUUGGCGCCUUGGGCACCGCAUGCGAUGGGCAGCCGCUUUUCCUCUGCUUGUCGGUGCUCGGCUUGAUGGCCGGCAAUAUCCUCACUAUCCUGGACGCCAUGUGCUGUAGCACGAGAUUGAUGUGCAACUCAGGGCCCUGGGACUUUGCUUUCCUCGGUGAUGUGCCGUUCGCAUCUGCGGCCUGGGUUCGGGAAGAGGAUUUGCAGCGACAAGUCUGGGUUCCCGUUGCGCUGGGGCGACGGGGAGUUGCUGCCUAUCGCAUCUAUCUCCCAAGCUCUGUGAGCUUGUUGUACUUCCAAGCUUGCGCUUUGCAGUGCGCAGUCUUUAUCAAUCGCAGCCUGGUUUCACAGCAUGUGGGUGGCUACAGUCCAUUCUGGGUGAGCCUCGCCGAGUUCCGGGCACACAGCGCCGGAAGCUUCGGCUUGGAGCUCUUGGUGCUGGCAGACAGCCGCUUUACUGGAGAGGCACCAGUGCAUCAAGAAACCUACGACUGGCUCCAACCUGGAGGCCUUCUGCGACCCGUCGAGGCCCACAUCCUCCCGCAGCCGACGAAGCACGUUGCACAUGUGUCUGUGAUUCCGUCCAAAGACAGCGGCAGACGUGACAACGUGCAGGUGACAUUGAAGUUGUCCGAAGGAUGCGGCCCUGGCAUGACCGCCAAGAUUCGGUUUGACGACCACCUCACGGCCAGAGAACGCCAGGUUGGCCAAACGACGCAGUGGACGGAGCAGGUCCCACAACCACGGCUGUGGACCCCGUCGCAACCGCAACUCCACUUGCUUACGCUCACCCUGUUUUCAGAGGGUGUGCAGGUGGAUGCCGUGGAAGUUCGCUUCGGGCUCCGAACCGUCGAGUCGAAGGAGGGUCAAAUCCGCAUCAAUGGCGAGCCUCUCCUGCUGCUGGGCGUGAACCGGCACGAGAGCAAUCCAUUUGGCGGCAUCUUUAUGACUCUCGAUGGUCUUCGGCGAGAUAUUGAGCUGCUGAAAGAGCUUGGUGCCAACUUCGUCCGAGGCUCUCAUUACAGCCAGGACCAACGCUUUCUGGAUCUAUGUGACGAGAAUGGUCUACUGGUCUGGGAAGAGGCUGUGGCGUGGCAGCCCUCCCUGGAAGACCUGCAGGAUCCGAUUUUCAUGAGCCAGCAACUCCAGGCUCUGGAUGAGACUAUCCAUGCUUCCAUGAACCACCCAAGUGUCAUCAUCUGGGGAUUCCUCAAUGAAGGCGAGUCGAACAUGUGGGCAGCCAGGGAAGCGUAUCAACAGCUGGCAAAGUUCACCAAAUUGAAAGAUCCUUCUCGCUUGGUCUCGUGGGCAUCGAGGCACAAGAUCCGCGACGAGACCCUGGAUUUGGCCGAUGUCAUUGCGUUCAAUGACUACCCAGGCUGGUAUGAUGCUCUUGUGCCGGAUAUUCCGGCUGUCUGGCAGAGCUAUGCUGAUUGGGCGCGGGUCCAUCACCCUGGCAAAACUCUGCUCAUUGCAGAAGCGGGUGCCAGUGGCCUGGCCAACUUUAUGCGGCCAGCGAAUUCAUCUGGUGCUGGUCUGGAGAUGUGGUCAGAAGACCUGCAAGCGGCCAUUGUAGGCGCGACAAUAGCAUCGGCAGUGGCUGCCGGUUACGCGGGAGUCGCUUUGUGGCAGUUUGCCGACUCGCGUGUGGACGUCGCCCUCCUCGAAGAGGACAACCAGCGACGGCAGGAGCUCCCGCCGCCGAUCUUGGAAGUCGGGGCCGCCUGGGUGGAGCAAGUCGCGGUUGGAUAUCAGCUAACGAACUCUCCUUUCGGCCAUCAUAUGGCCUUGCGGCCGCGAGGUCUGAACAAUAAAGGUUUGCUGUCUCUGUCGAGGCAGCAUCGCAAGCUCGCCUUCGAAGUUGCUAAAGAAGGCUUUCGUGGCUUCUGCUUCCCGAUCGUUCCGGGCAGACCACUGGAGCCCUCGACACCAACAGCCGCGGUAGAGUUCGAGUCGUUGGAGCCACGGGGUGCCAUGCAAUCACCUGCAGGUUGCACCGGCUGCAUGCUUGCAGCGCACACAUGGAAUCCGGCAGACAGGCCUCAAGGAGAGCCAGGUCUGCGAGUACACGGCCACCGCCUUGCUUCCCGUGCAGCCCGCUUCGUUUUGAAAGCGGGGCUGCUGAGCCUGGCAGGGCACUCGGACGGCCGGCUUGCGGCAGUCGGCGGCUUCGUGACAGUCGCAGGCACUCGUGAUGUUACCUCCAGCUACGUUGCCGUCAGAGAAGCUCCGACAUCGCUUUGGCGGUUUGAGAUGCAAGACGACCCGAAUGUUUUUCUUCUGAGAGUGAUCGCUGGCAAACGUUGUGGCGGAGUUUUGUCAGUUCAUGCAGUGCGUGUUCCAGAAGACCACCGAGAUGGAAAUUCCGUAUAUGCAGUGGUCCAUAUGGAUGCUUCAUUGGCCACCCUCUUCAAAAUGCGUGUGAUCGUUUGA